CCAUCUUAUAUGUACGAGUGUCGAGUAUGUUUCGAAAUCCUAAUCAAAUAAUAUUAACACAAUUUGAUAACAAAUCAUUUACUUUUUUCAAAAUCUCUGUAGAAUAAAAUAUUAGUUUUCAUCUUACAGACCUACGAAUGAUUCAGUUUUUUUCGGAACCUCGACAUAAUUUUAUCACGACAUUUGUCACCUUUUCAUUGCACUGAUGAAAUAAACAUGAACACAUUCUACAUGAUUGUGGUAUUUCUCCUCUUUUAUUGCACCGGUGGUCAAAGCGAACCUUCAAAAACCCCUUCAAACAGUGAUAUCGAAAAUUCGACCCGAAGCGAUAUAUACUUGCAAACUCACGAAAUAAACCAUAUUAUGGCUAUUCAUCAGUUCCGAUUCCAAGAGCAACUUCAGACUAAUAUUAUUUACUCACCCUACUUGCAUGCACCCACAACUGAUAGAUAUGAAUGGAAAAUUAAGAUAUACCCUAACGGCCUAGAUAAUAAAAAUAAUACGAUUUCUUCAUACGUAUGUCUAUGCAAUUCCAGUGCAGUUGAAGAAACGACCGCAGAGUAUAAUAUUUCAAUCAUAAAUAAUAAAAAAGAAGUAUUAUUACAGCGCUAUAUGUCGCCAAGAAAAUAUUAUGCACGCAGUUUAAAACUAUGUUGGGGUUGGCCAAUCUUUUGCGAGAAAGAUAGUUAUUUUAGAAAUCAUUUACUCCAAAACGACACAUUAACAUUCUCAGUCCACAUAAAAUGGGUAUCUGAAUCAUCAAAUGAAGAUAUUCAACGUAAUGUUUCUUCGACCACUGCUACACCCGAGACCACCUCCGUCAAAUAUAAUCUGACUGAAAACUUUGAAUCGAUGCUCGAAAACCCGAAAUUCGCAGACGUCGUUUUUAUAACGAAUGGAAACAGUUAUCCAGCCCAUAAAAAUAUUUUGGCCGCGCGAAGUUCAAUUUUCGAUGCCAUGUUUCAACGAAAAGAUUCGAAAAAUGCAAAAUCGAAAAAAAUUCGAAUAAACGUUACUCCGAUGAACGAAAAAGUAUUACGAGCGAUGCUACGAUACAUUUAUACAGGAAUGUGCGAACCGUCGUUGGGAAAACUAACAGAUAGAUUAUUUCAAGCUGCUACCAAAUAUGGUGUCUAUGGAUUAAAAGAAACUUGCGAACAAACACAUAAUAAAACUACGCUUGGUUAAAAAUGCAUCCAUUUAAAAAAAAAACGAAUAACUGCAGCAGAAAGUCAAGAAUUUUCGUGUAACUGUAACUAACUAUUAGGAAAGUUUUAAUUUUGAAAAUGUAAUGAAAAAAUGUUAUUGAAAUAAGAUAAGUACCAAUAAUGUCAUGUUUACGAUCUUCAAAUUCAUAAAUAAAAAUG